AGGCGCAGGGUUCGUCGCGGAACCCAGGAGCUGGGUUCGCCUUGGUUCGUCUCGGAACCCAGGGGACAGGUUUGCGACGAACCCGCGCUUGGUUCGAGACGAACCAAGCUCUUGGGUUCCACAACGAACCCCGCGCCUGGGUUCGUCUCGGAACCCAGGGAUGGGUUUGAGGCGAACCCGCGCCUGGUUCGAGACGAACCAAGCUCCUGGGUUCGUCUCAGAGCCCAGGCGCUGGGUUCGUCUCAGAGCCCAGGCGCUGGGUUCGUCUCGAAACCCAAGCGCAGGGUUCGCCGCGAACCCAGCUCCUGGGUUCGUCUCCGAACGGAAGCUGAGGGGAUUUUUGGUUUAGGGGAAAAGAAAAUGAGGAAGAAUACGGUAAGGAUUUCUGUUUAUUUCUUUGAUUGGAUGAGGAAUAAUAUAGUUAAGUAUUUUUGGUUUGUUUCUGUGAUUGGAUGAGUAUUUUUGGUUUGUUUCUGUGAUUGGAUGAGUAUUUUCGAUUUGUUUCUGUGAUUGGAUGAGGAAGAAACAAAUGUGGCUAGGGCUGGUUGGUUCGAUUAUAAAUUGGUCCUUUAUAU